AUGCGGGACAGCAGCGGUGCGACCGUCUUUGACGACCUGCCCGAGUGGCUCGUCGUGGAAGAGAUCCUCGUCCGGUUGCCGCCCAAGGACGUACUUCGCUGCCGCGCCGUCCGCAAGUCUUGGCGCAGCGGUACAUCCACUGAUAAGUUCAUCCUCGAUCACCACAGACGCCAGCCCUCGCUCCCCAUUAUCAAGCAUCAAAAGGGCAUCUGCCGCCCCGCCGUCUUCAAUGACGCCGGUCCUGGUGCCGGAGCCCCAAAUGAUCAAAAGAUACGGCCCAUCCUCCACCACUACACGCCCCCCGUUGGAACGAUAUUCACCACUAUAUACAACGCGGCCUGUGAUGGCCUCCUCAUCAUGUCGCAGCAAUUGGAUUUUUACAUCUGCAACCCGGCGACCCGCAGGUGUGCUUCCUUGCCACAUCCUCCACUACGACCUGCUGGCUACAGCGCCGUCGCCGUAGUCGGCUUCUACCGGCACCACACAUCUGGAGAACACCGGGUUCUCUGGGUGGUAUUCUCGAUAGCUGCUGGCAGCGCAGUUGAGUUGCCUGAUUACUUCGUCCUCACGGUGGGAUCGGACCAGCCAAGACCCAUCCAACGCCCUCAGGGUGGGGUUCCCGCCGCCCGGUCCUCCCGCGGCCCACCAGUCCACCAUCGUGGUAGCCUGCACUGGGCAGUGAGCCUCAAGAUAACUGUCUUUGACACCGUAGCCGAGACAUUCCGGCAGAUGAGCCGCCCAGCACAGUUGGGCCAUAUGGUGUCCCUGUUAGAUAUGGGCGGCGCCCUUGCUUUGUGUGGCACCAGCGAUGACUUCGUCACUUUAGAUGUUUGGGUGUUGCAGGACUAUGAUGCCGAGACAUGGGGCUUUCAGUAUCGGAUUAACUUGCUAGAGAUGGUGGCAGUACCACCGCUUAAUUUGAGGGAGAGAUAUGCCCCUACGAUGGAUGUCAUCAACGAGCGUGAGCUGUUGAUCGAGCAUCGUCCUGACCGUCUAUUGCAUUGUGACAUUGAUGGAGUGUUUCUAGGAAAUGUGGAACACGAAGAGCGUCAGAUCCGCUUGGCACUUACUAGGCAUCGUCUCCAAGAGAGCUUGAUUUCACUUCCAUUGUUUGAGAGGCAAGAAGAAGAUGAUGGGAAGGAGCCUCCAUUCGCCAUGGUGCUAUAAGAUGCCGUGCUGCAUCAUCAUGUGUUGGACUCCUUGUUUGAUGUGCCCUUGGAGCAAGCCAUGUCUUUUGUUCUUAAUUUCUAGUACUACUGGUAGAACGGGACAAUUUGGAUGGCGGAAGUAGCACUUCUGCUUUCAUCAAUUUGUGUUUGUUAUGCUAUCUUCAGGAUCAUGUUAUUGUUUUAAACAAUGUACUACCUAUGCUAUAGAACUGAACUAUUUGGAUGAUGGAAGUAGCACUUCUCCUGACAUCA